GGAUCCAAUCAUGUCAAUAGUUUCGCUUCUCUUAUAUGAUAUCUUUCCGAAUUGAAAGCUGGGCCGUCAAAUGAAAUGGGCCUGGAAUACGUAUUGGUCCUUUUCUUCUUCUUUUUUUCUCUUUAUAGAGAUGGUCUGAAAGGGAACUAUCAAAGUCAAAACAUGUCAGAGCAAUCUUUUGUCGCUAUCAUCCCCACAAGUCUUGAAAGGGGAGCCUUAUGAUCAAAAGGAACCCACAAAACCCUCUCAAACGCAUUGCUUUUGUCUGCCACUUUGUGACUGUGAGGAUCCCAAACAAACCACACCACACUGGUUGUUCAUGGAUUCUGGGCUUCAGCAUCUCGCAUUGCGCUUCUUCAUUCUUCUCUGCUGCCUCUUUCAAGCCACCGCCGAGGAUGGUAGCUGGAAGAUAGCCACGGCCACGCUCUCCAGGGACAAGGACGGCUCCUCCUCUGUCACCACUGGAGGCGCUUGUGGGUAUGGGGAUCUGAGGCAGAGCAGCUAUGGCGGGUACAGCGCAGGCCUGAGCGGGAAGCUGUUCAACAGGGGAAGCAGCUGCGGAGCUUGCCUGGAAGUGCGGUGUGUGAACCACAUAAGGUGGUGCCUUCAAGGCAGCCCCUCCGUGGUGGUCACAGCCACAGAUUUCUGUCCUCCCAAUUCAGGCCUUUCCUCCGAUUACGGAGGUUGGUGCAACUUCCCAAAGGAGCAUUUGGAACUAUCUCAUGCGGCCUUCACAGGGAUUGCAGAAACCAGAGCCGAGAUAAUACCUGUGCAGUACAGGAGGGUCAAGUGUGGGCGGAGAGGCGGGGUGAGAUUCAGCUUGAACGGGAGCUCCCACUUCUUUCAGGUCUUGAUAAGCAAUGUGGGACUCGAUGGGGAAGUGGUGGGAGUGAAAGUGAAGGGGCAUACAACGGCUUGGAUUCCAAUGGCCCGAAACUGGGGACAGAACUGGCACUCCUCACUCGAUCUCAUCGGACAGUCUCUUUCUUUCGAAGUUACUCUCAUCGGCGGCAAAACCAUUGCCUCUUACGACGUGGCUCCCCCUUAUUGGCGCUUUGGAAUGACCUACCAAGGAAAGCAGUUCCUUUCGUGACUACCUCUCCUCUUUUCCUUUUCUUUAUAUAAAGUUAUGAUUCACUUUCGGUGGUCAAACACAAUUUGUGGCCUUUAUCAUGACUUUUAAGACAUACUAGUAAUCACUUCAGUUCAAGGUAUAAAUGACUUUACCAUUAUCUUUAUAUAUAUAAUAAUAGUAAUAUCCUACACAAACCUUCCCCGAAGUGUUUCUGUUAUGCUCAUGUAUUAGAAGUUUUAGGCAUCUUCGCUGUGUAUUCAAACUCGAUUUGAUAAUCUAAUUUACAUUCUAUCAAAAAA